AUGUCUGAAAAAUACGAGAAAUUACCAUUAGAAUCCUUGUUCAAAACCAUUGAUGAAUUGAAACCGCAGUUUAUUGAACGGUUGGCAAAAGCCAUUGCAAUCCCCUCAGUUUCAUCUGAUGAACUGCUUAGACCAAAAGUUGUUGAAAUGGCAAAAUUCUUGGUUAGUGAGUUGACGAACUUGGGAUUCCAAGAUAUUCAGGUUAAGGAAUUAGGUACACAACCGCCACCAGUACAAGAUGCUAGUUUGCAAUUGCCACCAAUUGUAUUGGCAAGAUUGGGUUCUGAUCCAAAGAAAAAGACCGUUUUGGUCUAUGGCCAUUACGACGUUCAACCAGCUUUGAAAGAGGAUGGAUGGGGUACUGAACCAUUUACUAUGCACUACGAUAAAGCUAAGGAUAUCUUGUACGGCAGAGGUUCAACUGAUGACAAAGGACCGGUUAUGGGAUGGUUAAAUGUAGUUGAAGCCCACAACAAGUUAGGUUGGGAGUUGCCAGUGAACUUGGUUGUUUGUUUUGAAGGUAUGGAAGAGAGUGGAUCACUUGGAUUGGAUGAAUUGGUUGCCAAAGAAGCUAAGCAGUAUUUCAAAGAUGUUGACCAAGUCACUAUUUCCGAUAAUUAUUGGUUAGGUACAACCAAGCCAGUAUUGACUUAUGGGUUAAGAGGGUGCAACUACUAUCAAGUGAUUGUGAAGGGACCUGGUGCCGACUUGCAUAGUGGUAUUUUUGGUGGUAUUAUUGCUGAGCCAAUGACUGAUUUAGUCAAAGUGUUGUCUACUUUAGUUGAUGGGAAGGGAAACAUUUUAGUUCCUGGCGUUGAUGAGAUGGUGGCCCCGUUAACCGAAAAGGAAGAUAAGUUGUAUGACAGCAUCGACUUUUCUGUUGAUGAAUUGAAUGCUGCUGCUGGUUCAGACACGGCAUUGCACCAAAACAAGAAGGACAUUUUGAAACAUAGAUGGAGAUACCCAUCAUUAUCAUUACAUGGUAUUGAAGGUGCAUUCUCCGGCGCCGGUGCCAAGACGGUUAUUCCAGCAAAAGUUGUAGGUAAAUUUUCCAUUAGAACAGUGCCAGACAUUGAGUCAAAGAAAUUGGAUGAGUUGGUGUUCAAACAUCUCAACCAAGAAUUUGCUAAAUUGAAUUCGCCAAACGAGUUCAAAGUGGAGUUGAUUCACGAUGGUAAUUAUUGGGUAUCUGAUCCAUUCAAUGAAAGUUUCCAAGCAGCAGCUAAAGCAACUGAAGAUGUGUGGGGCAUUGUUCCUGAUUUUACUAGAGAAGGUGGCUCAAUUCCCAUCACUUUGACUUUUGAAAAGGAAUUAGGCGUUGACGUGUUGUUGUUGCCAAUGGGUAGAGGUGAUGAUGGGGCACAUUCAAUCAAUGAAAAGUUGGAUGUUAGUAACUAUAUCAACGGGUGCAAGACCCUAGGUGGGUAUUUGCACUACUAUGGUGCUACUAAGUAG